AAGCGACCAAUUAUCCGAAAAACAGCACUAUAUAAACGCAUCUGCAACGCCUUACAGGCAGAAGACUUUCGCAUAUCGGUAUAGCAAACAUUUGUGUACGUUCAGAUAAAUAUCCUUUGCUCGUUUCAGUUCCAAAAACUCGAAGAAGAAGAGAAUAAUGGAGGGUUUCACAUCAUUCUUCGACUCGCAAUCUGCCUCUCGCAACCGCUGGAGUUAUGAUUCUCUCAAAAACUUCCGCCAGAUCUCACCUCUCGUUCAAACUCAUCUCAAGCAGGUCUACCUGACGCUAUGCUGUGCUUUAGUGGCAUCAGCUGCUGGGGCUUACCUUCACAUUCUAUGGAAUAUCGGUGGCCUCCUCACAGCAUUGGCUUGCAUGGGAAGCAUGGUGUGGCUUCUGUCAAGUCCUCCUUAUCAAGAGCAAAAAAGGGUGGCUCUUCUGAUGGCAGCUGCACUUUUUGAAGGUGCUUCUAUUGGUCCUCUGAUUGAGCUGGGCAUUAACUUCGAUCCAAGCAUUGUGUUUGGUGCUUUUGUAGGUUGUGCUGUGGUUUUUGGUUGCUUCUCAGCUGCUGCCAUGUUGGCAAGGCGUAGGGAGUACUUGUACCUCGGGGGCCUUCUUUCAUCUGGUGUCUCCCUUCUCUUCUGGUUGCACUUCGCAUCCUCCCUUUUUGGUGGUUCCAUGGCUGUUUUCAAGUUUGAGUUGUAUUUUGGACUCUUGGUGUUUGUGGGCUACAUUGUCUUUGACACCCAAGAAAUUAUCGAGAAGGCUCACUUGGGUGAUAUGGACUACGUUAAGCAUGCUUUGACCCUCUUCACAGAUUUUGUUGCUGUUUUUGUGCGCAUUCUGAUCAUCAUGUUAAAGAACGCAUCGGAGAAAGAAGAGAAGAAGAAGAAGAGGAGAAACUAGAUUUGGUUCUAUGGGCUACUGGGACUCUAACCUGUGUGGUUUUCAUAAUACACUGUGUUCACCUGAAACAAGCAUGUUAAUAGUUUGAUACUAGCUUUAGCAUUGGCUGUGAUACAAUAUCGUGUGACAUGCCAUUAUGGCUGCGAUUGACAUGUAGUCUUUUUAUCUUUUGAAGCUUUUUAACAUUUGAUAAGAGAAGUUCCUUGUUAUAAUAUUGAAGACGGUACUUAAUUUCUUUUUUCAUCUCCUUUCUCUAUUC